UGUCACAAUACAGAGAGAAAAACCGAUGAAAAACUACAACCCCCGGCUUUUAAACACUAGAUGUGUUCGAUUUGGUGCACAGACUGUCCCGACAACGCAGACACGCGUUGUUUUUCCCUAUUGCCGAACAGGCGGGGACAGUUACAGGGUGUUGUGGAUAAGUAACUGCAACACAGUGUCCGCGGCACCCAUGUUACAUUCCCCACCCACCCUGCGCCUGCUCUGUGAGCAAACCGAAGCGUAUACACGCACCAUCUAAGCUAGCUUGAGUUGAGAGGUGUCUGUGCACUGAGCGGCUGUAGCUUAGCGCAGCAUCCGGUUAGUUAGCCUGUGACACGCAUAUCAUAAGGAAACUAUGAAAGUGUGCAUGUGGCAGUAAUAUCGAGUGCCUCGGUCGACCAGCGAUAUAGUGGAGAGUUUUUAUUUUGUAAAGGAAAGAAAAAAAUGCUUUAACGGUGGUUUACCGGCGCGUAUGUUUUAGCCUGCUAGUGCUAGCUGAGUAGCAGGGUGGCUAACAGGAGCACAGGACCCGGCUUGUCAGCAGACAGACCUCAUCUAAGUUUUAAUGUUAAGGGAUUGUCAACAUGAUGGGGAAACUAUAGGACAAUAAGCAGCAACAAACUAAAGACUACCUAUUUUGAAAAUAUUCAACAUAAAAAGUAUCAACACUUCAGAAUGUAAUGUAGAUAUUCGUACAUUUAAAGCAAUGGAUUGUGACCCGGGAGCAACCUCUGAGCGAAUUCUGCUGGAGCCAUACAAGUACUUGUUGCAACUGCCAGGAAAGCAAGUGAGGACAAAACUCGCCCAAGCAUUCAACCACUGGCUCAAUGUUCCAGACGACAAACUGCAGGUGAUCAUCGAGGUGACGGAGAUGCUGCACAACGCCAGCCUGCUCAUAGAUGACAUAGAGGACAGCUCCAAGCUGCGGCGCGGCUUCCCCGUGGCCCACAGCAUCUACGGUAUUCCCUCCGUCAUCAACUCAGCCAACUACGUCUACUUCCUGGGAUUGGAGAAGGUGCUAACCCUGGAGCAUCCCGAGGCCGUCCAAAUGUUUACCCGGCAACUACUAGAGCUGCACCGCGGCCAGGGCCUGGACAUCCACUGGAGGGACACCUACACUUGUCCCACCGAGCAGGAGUACCGCAAAAUGGUGCUGCAGAAAACUGGGGGGCUCUUUGGUUUGGCUGUGGGCCUGAUGCAGCUCUUCUCAGAUUGGAAACAAGACCUGAAACCGCUCCUGAACACGCUUGGUCUCUUCUUCCAGAUCCGCGAUGACUACGCCAACCUGAGCUCCCGCGAGUACAGCGAGAACAAAAGCUUCUGCGAGGACCUCACCGAGGGCAAGUUCUCUUUCCCCACCAUUCAUGCCAUAUGGUCGCGUCCAGAGAGCACCCAGGUGCAGAACAUCCUGAGGCAGCGCACAGAGAACAUGGACAUCAAAAGGUACUGUGUGGACUACAUGGAGAAGAUCGGCUCGUUUGCCUACACCCGUCAGACUCUGCGGGACCUGGAGGUGGAGACGUACCGUCUCAUCGAGCAGUGUGGGGGGAACCCUCAACUGGAGAGCCUGGUCACACACCUCAGCAAAAUGCAUCACAAGGCUGAAGCAACGGCAGAGUCCAGUCCUGAGCCGCACUCCAGCCAAAACCACUGACCUCAUCCAGCUGUCACUGCUGCAUUACCCACAUACUGACCCUGCACACUCCACUAACACACGAGCUUCACUGACACAACUGAUGCAGACAUACACAUUCCUAAGAAAGCACAACACACAUAUUAAUGAUACAAUUUGACGAGUCACAAUCAUAAAAGUUGAACACAUGAAUUCUAGUAGACUGCUUGACUGCAUUCAGAAGCAGCCCCAAAUGUUGCCUUUAUCUUCUGUGCUAGACAGCAUCCUCCAAGUGUUGCUUAACAGAGUACUCAUCACCAAUUUUUAUAUUCAUGUGUAUCUGCGCCGUCAAUGCAAUCAAAAUACAAAAGAACUUCCUACAGACUUAAGCUUGCUUCUCAUGAAAAUGAAAAAUGCUUGAGAGCCUUGAUAUGAGCUUCUGAUGAGACAGUGCAUAUAUAUGUAUUUUGUGUUUUGCCACCAAAUUAAAAGUGUGAAGUGUAUGUAGCGCAGAGUGAAUGCUGGGUGUGUUAUUUAAGAUAAGAUUGGAUGGAUGGAUGUGUCGAGCGUAUGAUGUGUGAUUUACGGUUAAUCGUGAAGCCGCCAGAGUGCCAAUCCUGUGGAAAAGACCUGCAAGUCGAUCGUCUACUUGUGAUGUAACAUGUUGGUAUUAUAUUCAAAGUAGCACUCAAGUUGUUUUGGCUCAGCUGUUUAUGAAUACUGUGUUGAUGCUUUGGUCUAUUGUUCAGAUUCAGCGCAGCUCUUCACAUCUCCAAUGUUUGGAAUGGGGACUUUGUGCUGUUGUUCUUUGCAUCUCUUGAAUAAAACCAACAUUUAAGAAUAA